UGGUUCCUUUUCGUCUGUGGCCCUGUCUUUGCGCAGGAAGUGAGGCAACAUAAAAAACGAUACACAAAAAGAGCAAACGCAAACAUUUUUUUUUGAAAAAUCUUGUGAAAUUUGAAAGAGCAAAGAGGGAGUAAUCGUUUGUUAACUUGUUGUUGAUCUCUUGUUUCCUUGAAUGGUUCAAUGCUGAGAGAAAAAUGUCGGAAGAGCGCUGCCAUUCUCCGCUCCACUGCCGGACAAGAUCCGCAUCAGCCGUCACUGCCUUCCUUGUCGGCUAUCUGCUGUUUGCCAACGUCCGGCUUUCUGGUGGAUUGCCUCCAGUCAUCAAAAUCGGAGCCAUUAUGACCGAAGAGCAGCGUGGCAGCCCAACAGAGCAGCUUUUCAAAUACGCCGUGGAGAGAAUAAAUCGUGAUCCGGAGCUUUUACCGAACACGACUCUGAUCUACGACAUCCACUAUGUCGACCGCGAAGACAGUUGGCAUACAUCGAAGAAAGCGUGUUUACAAGUCCAACAAGGAGCGCAUGCUAUUUUUGGUCCGUCUGAUCCUCAUCUCGGGGCUCACGUCCAGUCGAUAUGCGAUGCCUUGGAGAUUCCUCAUCUCGAGGCCCGUUUAGAUAUGGACAGCGAGUAUAAACCAUAUUCGAUUAACGUGUACCCGCCGAUUGACACCAUCAACAAGGCGUUCAUGGAUGUCAUGUUCUUUCUCAAUUGGACCAAAGUCGCUAUCAUUUAUGAAGAAGAUCAAGGAUUGGUGAUGCUUCAAGAUAUGAUACGCGCACCAACUGCCAAGCCGAUGGAAAUACUUCUAAGGCAGGCGUCGCCCGACACCUACAAGGACGUGCUCAAGGAGGUGAAAGCCAAAGAGUUCUACAAUCUAGUCAUCGACACCAAACCGGAGAACAUGAACUUCUUCCUCAAAGGGGUCCUUCAGCUACAGAUGAAUGACUACAAGUAUCAUUACUUGUUCACCACAUUCGAUGUGGAGACUUUCGAUUUAGAGGCCUUUAAAUAUAAUUUCGUGAAUAUUACGGCGUUUCGAGCCGUCGACAGCGAAUAUUUCCGCGUCAUGCAGACGCUCAAAGAGAUGGAGAAAGUACAGAUGCCUGGCUACAACCAUUCGGUCAUUAACCGGACUCGCAUCCUCCAGAUCGAGCCGGCCUUAUUUUACGAUUCAGUGCACGUAUUCGCUCACGGCCUGCAGGCGUUGGACCGCAGUUCUACACUCCGGUUAGCAAACAUGACGUGUGAAGAUGAAGUUCCUUGGAGUGACGGAUCCUCUCUCUUUAAUUACAUCAACGCAGUUGAAUAUAGAGGAUUAACCGGUCCAGUUCAGUUUCGUGAGGGUCGUCGUACCAACUUUAAGUUUGAUCUACUCAAACUAAAAUCGCACGCUCUCCUCAAAGUUGGCGAAUGGACACCGCGAACUGGUGUGAAUCUUACUGACCCAGUCGCUUUCUUCGACGCGGGUACGAUGAAUGUCACGCUCGUGGUCACCACCAACUUGGAACGUCCGUACGUCAUGUUAAACCAUGGUAAGAACUACACGGGAAACAACCGGUUCUAUGGCUUCUCCAUGGACUUGCUGGACGAGAUUGCGCGCAUCUCCAAGUUCAGCUACAUCGUCGACAUCAAUCCAGACGGGGCCUACGGCGUCAAGCAUCCAGUCACCGGCGAGUGGAAUGGCGUCGUUAAACAACUCAUGUCACAUGAAGUGCCGUACGUAUUGCUUGCAGAUGGCUACAAUUUGACUGACAAUGAUCGCUAUGAAGGCUUCUGCGUUGAACUGAUCAAGGAAAUCUCUCGCUUGGUCGGAUUCAACUACACUAUACGGCUAGCACCUGAAGCAAAGUAUGGCAUCUCUGAUCCGAGGACUGGAGAAUGGAACGGUAUUGUGCGCGAACUGAUGGAUCGGAAAGCAGACUUGGCCAUUGGCAGCAUGACGAUCAAUUACGCUCGAGAGAGUGUUAUUGAUUUUACGAAACCAUUCAUGAAUCUCGGCAUCAGCAUCAUGUUCAAGGUUCCAUCAAAACCGCCUGCUCGUAUUUUCUCGUUCAUGAAGCCGCUGACGUUGGAAAUUUGGCUUUACGUUUUACUUGCCUACGCACUGGUUUCGGUUACAAUGUUCCUGGUCAGUCGAUUUUCACCCUACGAAUGGCAUAAUCCAUAUCCAUGUGUUGCCGAUCCGACCGUCAUCCGCAAUCAAUUUAGCCUGGGCAACAGCUUCUGGUUUACUGUGGGCACAUUGAUGCAGCAAGGCUCCGACCUCAAUCCUAAAGCCGCAUCUACUCGAAUUGUGGGCAGCAUUUGGUGGUUUUUCACGCUGAUUAUCAUUUCGUCAUACACGGCGAAUUUGGCCGCCUUUCUCACUGUCGAACGUAUGGCUUCGCCGAUUGAAUCGGCGCAGGAUUUAGCCGAACAGAGAGAGAUAUCUUACGGUAUCCUGGAAAGCGGGUCCACCAUGACAUUUUUUCGAGACUCGAAAAUUGAAACGUAUCAGAAGAUGUGGCGAUUUAUGGAGAACAAGAAACCGUCCGUGUUUGUCUCGACUUACGAAGAAGGUAUUCGUAGAGUCCUCGAAGGCAACUUCGCAUUCCUGAUGGAGUCGACGACACUCGAUUACUUUGUACAUCGAAAUUGUAACCUUACUCAGAUAGGAGGCCUGCUCGAUUCGAAAUACUACGGCAUUGCAACGCCCAUUGGAUCUCCAUGGAGAGAUAGGAUUUCCUUGGCGAUUCUGGAACUUCAGGAGAAAGGUGUGAUCUACCAACUGUACAAUAAAUGGUGGAAGAAUAAAGAAGAAGUCUGCAAUAAAUUCGGUCAAGGCAAGGAGACCAAGACCACUCUGGGCGUCGACAGCAUCGGUGGUGUGUUUGUUGUCCUUUUAUGCGGACUAGCCGUAGCCGUCCUUAUCGCCAUCAUCGAAUUUUGUUGGAAUUCCAAGAAAAGUGCGGCCUAUGAGAACCAAUCAUUGUGCACGGAGAUGGCAGAAGAAUUUUGUUUUGCCGUCCGCUGCCGUGGCUCUGGCCAGCGUCCAGCAUUUAAGCGGAAAUGCUCACAGUGCGUUACACACUGUUCGUACUUGAGAGAAAUGGACUUGGCAUCGCACCACGUACCCGUGCCCUCAAACGGACUUUUAGUCGAAAAUUUCAGAGAAGAUUUCAAUUCCAGCUAUCAAAACGAAGGACCUAAUAAUACGGUUGUGUGAGCAAAAUUCUCAAUAUUGAAUCCCUAAAAAUGAUCACAUGAUUUGAAUAAACUGUUUUCCCUUA